AUGUCCUUGGCAAAACGAACACGUUUUAUACUUAUACAAAGUACAAGAAAUGCCAAUGCAACGGAAGAUAAUACUGAACCAUAUCAUAUAAGUAUAUUUCGACGUUCAUCAUCUAUGCCACCAUUACCUAAACGAACAUCAUCAACAUCAAAACUUAAUUUUCUUCGACGAGAACAACAACAGCCAUCAAAUUCUUCAACUAUGGUUGUUUCAAAAUCUCAACAACGUGAUAAAGAUGAAAUAUUACCACCAAAUAAAUUUUAUCGAUUAAAUAUUCAAACAAUGAAAAAAAAAUCUGCACGAAUUACUAUGCGUUUAUCAAGUGCAUUUGGUUUAACAGCACAUACAAUUGAUGAACAAUUUAAUUUUCAAGAACAACGUUUUCGUGCUAUUGAAAAAUUUUUAAAAUUAUUUCAACGAAAUAUUUAUAUAAGUAUUGAAGCAUUUAGGGAAACUAUUUUAACACAAGUUGAUGUCGCUGAAGAUCUUGAAGAAUUAUUAAACGAUAAAAUGCCGGAUUUAGUACAACAAUUUCUUGGAUCAAAACGUUCAUUACUCGAACAUGCAUUUAAAGAAUUUCGCAAUCAUAUUGAAUUAUAUGUUAUUCAUUCAAUAAAUAUUUUAAUAAAAUUAUUUAUUUUACCAUCAAAUCUUAUAUCAAAAAGACAUAAUAAAUUAUUAGAUUAUGAUAGUGCUCAAUCAGCUUAUGAAAAAGUGAAAGAUCAACAAGUGAAACAAGCAAAACAAGUACUCGAUCUAUCGAAACAAACAUAUGAGAUAUUAAAUAAUCAAUUAUUAGAAGAAUUACCCAUUUUAUAUGAACAUACUUGUCAGAUAUUAUCGAUAUGUUUUAAAGAAUAUAUUCGUGCAUAUUUUCGUUUAAUACAACAGAUGAAAACUAAUACUCAACUUGUACUUAAUCAAACAAUAUCAGCUAUGACACUUGAACAAUUAAAUUGGCAACAAAUACUUGAACGAUUUACAAUAAAAAAUAAUUUAGUUACCGAACAAUUUUUUCAAUUAACUAUAACAGCAAAAAAUUUUUCGGAAAGAUUAAAACAUUUAUCAACAACAAAAAUUUCCCUAGGAAUGAAUAAUACUUAUAAUUAUGAUAAAGAAACUUAUAUUCAAACAGAUGAAAUUCGACAGUUAAUAAAAAAUCGUUAUCCAGAAAAAGAUUUAUAUACCGUUAUUCAAGAUUAUAAUGGGUCUAAUAAUAAUCGAACAGCAAAUUCAAGAUCAGAAAUUAUUGUUCAAAAUGGUGAUAUUGUUAGUGUUAUUCGUCAAUAUGAUGGAGAUAAUAUUGAUCUACACUGGUUUGUAGAUAAUGGAAUUACACAAGGUUAUAUACCUCAUUCUAUUCUCAUUCCAAUUACAUCUAACAAUCAAGUAGAUAUUCUUUCUUCUCCACCACCAAUACCAAUUCGUCAGGAUUUACAAAUACCUACACGAGCUCCUCUACCAUUACCUCGUACAAGUCUAAGAUCAAAUGUUGGACAAACUCUAAAUAUUUUAUCAAGAAAUCAUACAGGAUCAGAUCCAUGUUUAAUCAAUUCUGCACACGAUGUUGACGAACAAGAAAAUGAAGGAAUCUAUCUAAAUCAAGUAGAUUGUCGGUCAUCAUCGUCAACAGCACUAUCAACACAUGAAUAUCAUCAAUAUGCUGCUAUCGAUCCCGAUGAUUGCAUUAUCGAGACAUCGACUAUACAAGAAGAAAUUUAUAUUGCAUUAUAUGAUUUUAAUUGUGCAGCAGAUGGUGUUCUUUGUUUGACUGUUGGUGAACGAUUAAAAAUUUUACAACGUUUUGAUGGUGAUGGAAAUAAUGAAUGGUGGUAUGUUGAAAAAAUCAAUGAUACAAGCCAAAAAGGUUAUGUACCAGCAAAUUAUAUUGAAGCUAUUUGA